AUGCUUCCAGCUGUUUUUAGAUUGUUGUCUUCUUGUUUUCCUUUUCUUCUUCUGAUAUUCAAAUCUAGCAUUUGUUACAGUCAUUCCUUCUUCUUCUUCUUCUUCUUCUUCUUCUUCUUCUUCUUCUUCUUCUUCUUCUCAUUAUUAUUAUUUUUAUUAUUAUUAUUUUCGUCCUCCUUUAUCCCUUACUUCAGAAAUGGUUUCAUGAUAUUUUGCUCGGAUCAUUUUUGUAUAAAAAAUCCUUCUUCUUCUUCUUCUCCUCCUCCUCAUCCUCUUUUUCUUCUUCUUCUUCUUCUUCUUCUUCUUCUUCUUCUUCAUUUUUCUCUUCUUCUUCAUCUUCAUCCUCUUCUUCUUCUUCUCAUUAUUAUUAUUUUUAUUAUUAUUAUUUUCGUCGUCCUUUAUCCCUUACGUCUAUAUUUCCCAUUCUUUUCGUUGUAUAUACAUUUCCUUCCUCAGUUCAGAAAUGGUUUCAUGAUAUUUUGCUCUGAUCAUUUUUGUAUAAAAAAUCCUUCUUCUUCUCCUUCUUCUUCUCCUCCUCCUCCACUUCUUCUUCUUCUUCUUCUUCCACUUCUUCUUCUUCUUCUUCUUCUUCUUCUUCUUCUUCUUCUUCAUUUUUCUCUUCUUCUUCAUCUUCAUCCUCUUCUUCUUCUUCUUCUUCUUAUUAUUAUUAUUCUCCACUUUUUUCUCCUAUUCUACCUUGUUCUUCAGUUCCACUUAGACGUCCAUGUUUAUGGAUGUUUCUACUCCACCUUCUCGUCUUCUUCUUCUUCUUCUUCUUCUUCUUGUCCUUCUUUCAUUUCCUCCUCCACUUUUUACUUCUUUCUCUCCUCCAUCUUUGUCUCUUCAUCGUCUAUUUUUCUGAUUAUUGUUGUUGUUAUUGCUGCAUCUCUUCUUCUUCUUCUUCUUAUUAUUAUUAUUAUUAUUAUUCUUUCUCUUUUCCACAUUCCUCACCUCCGGCGUUUCAAUUUCCAUGUUCUCCUCCACUUCUUAUUUUUUUUCUCCUCCACUACUUUUUUAUUUCUCAUUUUCUCCUCCACGUCUUUCUCCUACUUUUAUUCCUCUUUACCUCCUACUUUCCCCCUCCUCCUUCUUAUUUCUCUUUUCCUUCCGCACUCUCUUCUUCCUCCUUUUAUUCCCUUUUGUCCUUACACAUUUUCCUCCUCCUUUUCACUCCUCUUUUUCUCCCACAAUUCUUUUGAAUCCAUUAUCCAACACCAGAACCAAGAAACAUCGCAAUCUGUGAAAUCCAUGUCGUUGUCUUCCCGUCUCCCAUCUACAUCUCACUUUUCUUCUGUUCAUUAUGAUUAUGAUCGCUCUUAUUAUUAUUCUCUUCUGCGUCUGUUUCUUGGGGAUUAUUAUUAUUAUUAUUAUUAUUAUUAUCCUUCUUGGCCGUCUUUUUCUUGGCUACCUUUGUCUUCUUCUACAUUUCCUUUUUCUUCUUUUUCUUGUCAUCAUCAUUAUUAUUAUUAUUAUUAUUAUUAUUAUUAUUAUUAUUAUUGCCCUUAUUCGCCGCCUUCUUCUUGGCUACCUUCGUCUUCUUCUACAGCUCUUUCUUCUCACUAUUAUUAUUAUUAUUAUUAUUAA